AACAAGGACACUGCAAAUAUGAGCUGUGAUGAGAAAACUGCGCUCUUAGGGCAACAGGCGCAAAUUAUUAUUGCAGUGCCCACGGUGCUUGGACAUCCGAAGGAUUAUGAACCCAUUUUCUCAACUGCUGACUACUCACACGGCCUCACACUGGAGGAGCUACUGCCCUACACAUCCGAUCCCUGGUGGCAGUCUGUGCGUCGCCUCUGCUUUGGCUGCCUCUGGCUGGCCUUUCUCCUGACCUUAGUCGCUGCCUGCACACUCGCCUAUUUGGACUCUGGCAGCUCCUGUCGCCCAAUUAUCCCAACAACAACGAUGCAGACACGUUUACUGCUAUCUUCCUCUGCCACACCAUCGCCAGUACUGAGCUAUGCCGGCAGCAAUGGAACGUUGCUGUUGACAACACAGUAGCAAGAAUGAAGGCCUUCGCCUGCCAUGUCUUAGUUUAAAGUUCCAUUUAAGUUGGAUGCUGCUGCAACAGCAUGGUUUCGAUUACAUCAGCCAUUACGCAUUCUGUUUGAUUUUCCGGCAUCGGCUUUCCCAGACCAGUCCAGCAGCUGUUCAUCGCUACUGAUAGCAUGCGUUGCCGCUGACUCAGUGAUAAGCGUCUCCAUUGAAGCGUCACCUAAAAA